UUACCAGACACAGAGAGAGCCCAGAGGGACAGCGCCCAGAGCCGGGUAGAGACACACAGCCUCCUCCCUGCUGGCCAAGGAUUAGGGGCACAGACACGAGGAGCCCCUUCCCCCCUCAGCUUCCCUCCCAGGCCCCUUUAAGAUGGGGCUGGUCCUCUCCUCUCUCAGUUAACCCCUCCAAGUCCAGGUGGCCCCCUUGGGCUCCCGCCCGGUGGGCGGAGGCAGAGGGGGAGCCAAGAGGCGGAGAAAGGGUUGCCUGAAGUUCGGGAGGGAGAGAAGGAGGCAGGGGAGCCGGGAAGGCGGCCGCUGAACCGAGCCGGUUAGGGGCCCCGCUGUGCCAGGCAGGCAGUGCCAAAUCUUGGGAGCCCGGAGCUGGGGGGGAGGGCUGGGGACAGCCCGGCCCUGCCCCCUCCCCCUGCAGGGUGCCCAGCAACUUCUGAGGAAAGUUUGGCAUCGAUUGCGCUGUGGCCGGAGGAUGGGCAGGGUCCUGCUGGCCUGGUACUUGGCUCUGUGCUGCUGGGGGUGUGUGGCCCCCGAGGGCGCACAGGCUGAGGGGAACCCCUUUGUGGGGAGCCUAGGAAACAUCACCGGUGCUCGAGGUCUCAUGGGGGCCCUUCGGUGUGAGCUCCAGGUCCAGGGGGAGCCCCCCGAGGUGACCUGGCUGCGGGAUGGGCAGGUCCUAGAGCUGGCGGACAGCACGCAGACCCAGGUGCCCUUGGGAGAAGAUGGGCAGGAGGACUGGAAAGUGAUCAGCCAGCUCAGGAUCUCAUCCUUGCAGCCCUCAGACGCGGGCUGGUACCAAUGUGCGGUGGUCCUGGGAGGAAAGACCUUCGUGUCCCAGCCUGGCUAUGUGGGGCUGGAGGGCCUGCCUUACUUCCUGGAGGAGCCUGAGGACAGGGCUGUGACCGCCAACACCCCCUUCAACCUGAGCUGCCAGGCCCAGGGGCCCCCGGAGCCCGUCGACCUGCGCUGGUUCCAGAAUGCUGUCUCACUGGCUCCGGCCAUGGGCGAAGGCCCCCAGCACUCACUGCACAUUCCAGGCCUGAACAAGACGUCUUCUUUCUCCUGUGAAGCCCAUAAUGCCAAAGGCGUCACCACCUCCCGCACAGCCACCAUCACAGUGCUCCCUCAGCGGCCCCGUGACCUCCACUUGGUUUCCAGCCAGCCCACGGAGUUGGAGGUGGCUUGGACCCCAGGCCUAAGUGGCAUCUACCCUCUCACCCACUGCACCCUGCAGGCUGUGCUAUCGGACGACGGAGUGGGAGUCUGGCUGGGAGAGCCAGACCCCCCGGAGGAGCCCCUCACCUUGCAGGCCUCCGUGCCCCCUCACCGAUUUCGGCUGGGCAGGCUCCAUCCUCACACCCCUUACCACAUCCGAGUGGCGUGCACCAGCAGCCAGGGCCCCUCACCCUGGACCCACUGGCUUCCCGUGCAGACCCCGGAGGGAGUGCCCCUGGGCCCCCCCGAGAACGUUAGCGCCAUGCGGAAUGGGAGCCAGGCCCUCGUGCGUUGGCAGGAGCCAAGGGCAUCCCUGCAGGGCACCCUGUUAGGGUACCGGCUGGCCUAUCGAGGCCAGGACACCCCUGAGGUGCUCAUGGACAUAGGGCUAAAGCAAGAGGUGACUCUGGAGCUGCAGGGAGGCGGGACCGUGCCCAACCUGACGGUGUGCGUGGCAGCCUACACCGCCGCCGGGGAUGGGCCUUGGAGCCUCCCGGUGCCCCUGGAGCCCUGGCGCCCAGGGCAAGAACAGCCAAUCCACCAGCUGGUGAGUGAACCCCCAGCCCCGGCCUUCUCGUGGCCCUGGUGGUAUGUGCUUCUGGGAGCAGUUGUGGCCGCUGCCUGUGUCCUCAUCUUGGCCCUGUUCCUCGUCCACCGACGGAAGAAGGAGACCCGCUAUGGAGAAGUGUUUGAGCCAACGGUAGAGAGAGGCGAGCUGGUGGUCAGAUACCGCGUUCGGAAGUCCUACAGUCGCCGGACCACUGAAGCCACCUUGAACAGCCUGGGAAUUAGUGAAGAGCUGAAGGAGAAGCUCCGGGAUGUGAUGGUGGAUCGGCACAAGGUGGCCCUGGGGAAGACCCUGGGGGAAGGAGAGUUUGGAGCUGUGAUGGAGGGCCAGCUCAACCAGGACGACUCUGUCCUCAAGGUGGCAGUGAAGACAAUGAAGAUUGCCAUCUGUACGAGGUCAGAGCUGGAGGACUUCCUGAGUGAGGCUGUCUGCAUGAAGGAAUUCGAUCACCCCAAUGUCAUGAGGCUCAUCGGCGUCUGUUUCCAGGGAUCCGAACGUGAGGGCUUCCCCGCACCUGUGGUCAUCCUCCCUUUCAUGAAACACGGAGACCUGCACAGCUUCCUCCUCUAUUCCCGGCUCGGAGACCAGCCAGUGUUCCUGCCCACUCAAAUGCUGGUGAAGUUCAUGGCGGACAUUGCCAGUGGUAUGGAGUAUCUGAGUACCAAGAGAUUCAUACACCGGGACCUGGCAGCCAGGAACUGCAUGCUGAAUGAGAACAUGUCCGUGUGUGUGGCAGACUUCGGGCUCUCCAAGAAGAUCUACAAUGGGGACUACUAUCGCCAGGGACGCAUUGCCAAGAUGCCGGUCAAGUGGAUUGCCAUCGAGAGCCUGGCUGACCGUGUCUACACCAGCAAGAGUGAUGUGUGGUCUUUCGGGGUGACGAUGUGGGAGAUUGCCACACGGGGCCAAACCCCAUAUCCAGGAGUGGAGAACAGCGAGAUUUAUGACUACCUGCGCCAGGGAAACCGCUUGAAGCAGCCUGUGGACUGUCUGGAUGGACUGUAUGCCCUGAUGUUCCGCUGCUGGGAGCUAAACCCCCGGGACCGACCAAGUUUUGCAGAGCUACGGGAAGACCUGGAGAAUACACUGAAGGUUCUGCCCCCUGCCCAGGAACCUGAUGAAAUCCUCUAUGUCAACAUGGAUGAGGGUGGGGGUCAUUCUGAACCACUUGGAGCCUCUGGAGGAGCUGACCCCCCAACCCAGCCUGACCCGAAGGAUUCCUGCAGCUGCUUCACCUCGGCUGAGGUCCAUCCUGCCGGACGCUAUGUCCUCUGCCCUUCUACAGCCCCUGGCCCCACCCUGCCUGCUGACAGGAGCUCCCCUGCACCCCCAGGCCAAGAGGAUGGAGCCUGAGACAACCCUCUACCUGGGACUCUCUCUCAGGACCCAAGCUAGGCACUGCCACUGGGGGACAACCUUCCCCCCCUCAACUUUCUCCUGGCCUUACCUUCAACUGCAACCCUCCCCUUUCUGACCUAUUUCACUUCCAUCCAGGACAGAUUCUUCCCCUUUUGCACACCUUCAUGUCCCCAUCCAGAAAAAGAAGGGGUUAGUUGGCAACCACUAAGGGUCUUCAUUCCAAGAUUCUAAAGUUUAAAGGGCCCAGCUUCAAAGGUUCUAGAUUUCAAAGAUGCUAUGAGUUUUUGGUUCUAAGGACCCAAAUUCCAAAGUCUCUGAUUCUAAAGUGCUAAGGUUCUAGAUGUGGAAGUUCUAAAGCCUACUAUUCUAAGGCUCUGAGAUGUUAUGCUAGAUUUUCAGAGGUUCUAAGAUUGAAAAGCCCCUGAGGUUUUAGGUCCUAAAGCACAAAGAUGCUAGUCCUAGGGUCUAAGACUCUAUUAUUCUAGAUUUUACUUUUCUAGGAUGCUGAGUCCUUAGGGCAUAAGAUUCUACAAUUCUAAAAAUUCUGCAAUUCUAGACAUGGACAUACUAAGACCUAGUGCUCUAAAAGUUGAUGUUCAGUGGCUCUUGGAGUCUAAGUGUUGUAGAUGUAAGACCAGACCUUCAAGGUUUUAUCUUCUCAAAGUUCUAAGCCUCUAAUGAUGGUCAACUAGAGGUUCUAGGUCUUUAUGGCCCUCAAAACUCUUGUUAUGGGCUCCUAGAUCCUAAGAUCUAGAUUUUAGAAUCUGCACUCCAGAAGUUCUAGAAGUCUAUAGCUGGAGGUUCUAAGGUUUAAUGUGAUAUUCCAAGACUUAGUCCAAGACCCAGGAGUUUCUAAGUGUCCAGAUCCUAUGCCCCAAGAUUCUAGAUUAUUAAAUUCUAAAAUACUAAUGUUGUUCUACUGCAUGUUCCAAAGCACUCUAGAUUCUUUUGGUCCAAGAUUCUAGAUCCGCAGUAUAUAAGGCAUAAGACUCAACACUUACGACUAACUAGAUACCAAAGUUCUAAUCAUUUCUAAGCUUGGACACCUUUAGGCCCUGUGCUGCAUUCUGCCUUUCUAGAUCUUUAAUCAAGGGUCCAAAUAUCCACAUUUCUAAGUCUUAAGAUUCUAGACACUAUAAUUUUAAGAUUCUAAUAUAAGAUUCUCAAGGUCCACAGGUCUAGAAACCUAAGGUACAAUUCCAAGGUUCUAACCUUAUAGUAUUUGUGUGUCUCUCCCUUCUUAGCCACCUCUCCUCCUCUCAUGUGGGGGUGUGCCCCUCUCAAGCCUGUGCAAUGAAUUAGGGAUCCCUCCUUUCCCCAAGGGGAUGAUCUCUCUCCUUUGGGGGCGUGCUGCCCCCCUGAGCCAGUCCCUCUUGCCCCCUGUACAGAAUGUGGACUCUGGUGUCUCCAGAGGGGCUCAGAUCACAUAAAACUUUGUAACCAUGCAUCUGUCUUCUCUUGUCUCCACUCAGCUAUAAUGUGUCCACUCAGCUCUCCCUCAUAACUCAAUUUUCACCCAUCAGUAGAAAAAGGGCUUGAUGGGAUCUAGAAGUUGACACCCCUGUCCCCAAUGUAACAGACACAGGAAUUAAUGCAUACACCCUGGCAUAGCUGUCAUGAAUACAGACAGGGAAAUUCACAGACACACAGAGUAACAGAGACAUUCAUAAUCACACAGAUAACAAACAUGCACAGGCAGACACCAGAAACAGGAAGAAACUACAGCAACACAAAUAGAAAAAGAGUGAAGUGACACUAAUAUACAGACAGAGAACACAAUAGAUACUCAGAGACCUAAACGUGCGGACUCACAUAGACACACAAGCCCCGAACACCUCCGAUCCUCACCAGCCCACAAAGGGACUCCUGUCAACACAAGCCCACUGUGUUUUGCACAGCAU